AUGAAUAUUUUCUUGAAACCACUCAUUUUGAUUUCUGUUUUUUACAGUUUCUCUCUCUCUCUCUCUCUCUCUCUCAUUCUUUACCUCUCUCCCUCUCUUUCUGAGGCUUUCUCUCUUUUGUCUCUUUCUUUCUUUCUUUGUUUUUCUUUCUUUUUCUUCCUCUCUCUUUCUCGCUCUCAGACAGUCUCUUUCUCUCUCUUUCUUCCUCUCUCUCUCUCUAUGUUUUUCUUUCCCUCAGACGUAGUCGCUUUCUCCGUCUUUCUCUCUCUUUCUUUCUUUCGGUUUCUCUCUCUCUCUCUUUCUCUGUCUCUGUCUUCCUUUCUUUCUCACUCUUUCUGUCUCUUUCUAUCUUUCAAUUUCUUUCUCCCUCUCAGACGCUAUUUCUUUCUCUUUCUCUCUUCCCCUUUCUUUCUACCUCUUUCUCUAACACUCUCCUUCUCUAGUUCUCUCUCUCUCUCUCUCUCUUUCCUUUCUCUCUUCCGGCAUUUUCUUUCUCUUUCUUUCUUUCUUUCUUUCUUUCUUUCUUUUUCUUUCAUUUUUUUCGUCUCGCUUUUUCUUUCUCGCUCUGACAGUCUCUUUCUCUCUCUUUCUUUCUCUCUUGCUAUGUUUUUCUUUCCCUUAGACAUAGUUGCUUUCUCCGUCUUUCACUCUCUUUCUUUCUUUCGCUUUUUUUCUCUCUCUCUCCCUUUCUUUCUCUUUCUCACUCUUUCUUUCUCUCUCUCUCUCUCUCUCUCUCUCUCUCUCUUCCGGCAUUUUCUUUCUAUUUCUUUCUUUCUUUCAUUGUUUUUCUUUCAUUUUCUUCCUCUCCCUUUUUCUUUCUCGCUCUCAGACAGUCACUUUCUCUCUCUUUCUUUCUCUCUCUCUCUGUUUUUCUUUCCCUCAGACGUAGUCGCUUUCUCUGUCUUUCUCUCUCUUUCUUUCUUUCGCUUUCUCUCUCUCUAUCUCUCCUUCUCUCUCUCCCUUUCUUUCUCACUCUUUCUGUCUCUUUCUAUCUUUCACUUUCUUUGUCCCUCUCAGACGCUAUGUCUUUCUCUUUCUCCCUUCCUCUCUCUCUCUUUCUCUCUUUCUCUCUUCUGGCAUUUUCUUUCUAUUUCUUUCUUUCUUUCUUUCUUUCUUUCUUUUACCCACACAUUAACUUUCUCUGUUUUUUUAUUCAGCCCUUUACUUGGGAAAUGUGUUUAUCGAUUCAUAUAUUACAAAAACAUAUUCCUUCCCGGAACCGCCCUACCAAUAAGCGUGAAUAUAUUUUCCUGCUACAUAUGA